CGCGUGCUUUGGCUUAUUUGGAGUACCAACUUCAAACACCAAAUAUCCGGAUACCAGUAUAAUUACCGGAGACACUGGUGCAUGUUGUUCUAAAAGUCAGUUUUGAAGAACGGGUAAUGGAACCCAUCGCACCGGAGUACACGGUCCGAUGGCACGCCGGUCACCUGGGCGUAUGGCUGCAAGAAGACCCAGCGUCGGGUGCCGCGGUCAUCUCCAAGCUGGUGCGACCGUUGCCUCCACACUUCACUCAACUCGACACAAGUGAAGGCAGCGUCGGAGACGUCCUCAUCGCCGUGGGGACAACUGGUCCAAUCACGUACGAUGAUGCUGUUGAGCUGCUCCAGCAUCCCACGCUUCCGCUGGACCUUGUAUUUCGUAACCGCCGCAACGAUCUGCCGCUAUAUGCCGCUCCAUCCUCGGUGCGCCGGUACUCUUUCGAGUGGACUGCCGACAUGAAGCCUUUGGGCAUGUCCUUUGCGAAAGACCCCAUCUCGCUCGUCACCGUGAUCUCGAAUCUCAACAAGGAUGUGUUGCCGCCAGCGGUAAAGAACUGUCGUCCUCGAGUGGGCGACGUUGUCUUGUCCAUCGGACCUGCCACCGUCACGGACAUGAAGUUCCACGAUGUCCUGGCGUUGCUAGGGCGUGUUGAGAAGCCCAUCGUGCUAGCAUUUGACCAAGUUCAGACGACAUCCUCCUCUGUGGGCGACGAAAAGUACGACAUUGAGUAUCGUGGCGAGGGGCUGGGCAUCGUGUUUGAAAACAAGGACGACCGACCUGUGAUCCAGAGCACCUCCGGAACGCACCCGACUGCCGCGAAAGGCGAUGAGCUCAUCGCGAUCGACGGGGUGGACACAAAGUCCCUUGGGUUCCAGGACGCCAUGGCCAAACUGCAACAUCUCCAAGGGCUCAUGCGAUUGUCGUUCCGGAAGGUGCGGCCGCACGAGGUUAUAGACGGCAUGUACGACGUGCAUUACCUCGGUGGUCGACUCGGUCUCGUACUUGCCGAAGGACAAACCAAGUCGAGUCAUCCUGUCAUUGACGAGAUCACGGACGCGUCAACCGCCGCGGGGCUCGAGCUCGCGUCGAAACGAGAUGUCCUGCUGUCGGUGGACGGCGUGGACACGGCGUCGCUCGGCUUUGCGAAGACGGUGGCCAUGAUCAAGCAAGUGGACAACGCGGUUGUGCUUCGGUUCAAGAAGGGUCCAUCUAGCGGGCAGCGGACGGAAGCGACGACGUCGGGGUUCCUGCGCACCAUGGUGGAAGCGCUCUUCGUAUAACGUGCAAUUACCGUUUGGCCAUUUGAUUGGUCAAUUUGACGUCAAAUUUUAAUGAAUUCCAGAAUGUUCAUACAAAUACCAA